UCGUUUUCUUCGGUCCGAGUUUCGCCUAACGUUCGCAGAUGCUUUUGCUUAGCGACUUCACGUUUCGGACUUUUGAAAUGUUUGUUGAGCCUCAAUGUGCUAGCUUGCUUGGUGAUGAUGAUGAUAGUGGCAUACCGCAAUAAGUCAAGGUAUUAUACGACUAUUGCGGGUGUACUACGCUUUUCAGUCUCUUCGAAUAACACAAAACAAAACAAAGCAUCCCAAGCAGGUGCUUCUCAAACUCCAUUGCAACUUGAAUGUAACAAAAGAAAUGCGAAGCCAUCAAGUUUCUCAUACACAAAAACAAACCCCAAAAAAAAGAAUAAACACCAAAUCGCUCAGUCCAACUCUUUCUUCUUUCUCUCAUUCUCCCGCUCUCAUCCCAUCCUACGCUUUCCAACCUACCUCAUCGUGACAUGCCUCCUCACCACCUCAAUCAAUCAAUCACAGAGAUAUCCAGCCACUCCCAUCCUACCCCUGCAAACAAAGAAAACGACCGUUCCAGAACCCGAAACCUGUGGAUCCGCAGCAGCAGUGGGUAAAUCACUCUUUUACUUGAAUGCUUCGCUAGCGGCCGCGCUCGUAACUCUACCUCUAUCUUCUACGAUAGAUUACUACACCUGUAGCCUUGUAUGUACGAUGAUGGUAGUGGUGCUUUUCUUCAUCAUCGCCGUCAUUCUCACAUGGGAUUCCUGCAAAAUGCAUGUUGAAGGCGCUGGGGGUUGA